AUGAGGGCGGGCAGCUCGACGAUACCUUUUGUGGACUUCCCUGCUGUCAAACGACCAAAAAAGGAAAAAAAAACAUGUAAGCCGUUCCUCAAAUCCCUUCAGUCUCGAGAGCUGGGCUUUCUGAAGAACCUUCUCCCUGACAUUAUCCAUCAUGUUCCGUUCCGGUUACCGAUCGCUUGGAGAAAAAGAGUGAUCAAUCCAGGUGUGCGUAAUAAAAUCUUCGCCUCGCAAUGGAUUACGAAUGAUCACGUUGUUUAUGGCACUAAGUGUAAUCAGCUUGUGCUUUACAACGUUACAUCUGAUGCUAGCCUCGAAAUCCCAUUGAUAGGCACCGAAGCAAGCAAUGCGGAGUCAUUCGACGCUGUUGUUUGUGGGAUACACGCCAUUCAACGUAAUUCAUCAAAAAGUCUGUUGGCUACCGGUGGUGCAAAUGUCAACCACAUCGGAGUUUACCUCCUCCCCGAACUCUCUCCUUACUGCCUAUUGAAGAACUUUCACACAGACUGGGUUUUCGAUAUGCGUUGGCUCGACGAUUCCUAUCUGGCUUCGUGCUCUCGCGACUCCUCAUUGGCCAUCUGGCGUAUACCACCUUUCGAGGACAGUCACCACAACACUGCCGAUUCGUACAUUCGGGCACAAUCGGAAAGCACAUUACAACUCGUGGAGAGGCCGGUGGCUCAUGCCGUCUCCCCCGUUCGCGAUGAUCGGUUCCGUGCUUUGGAACACUUAGCACCCUUCAGUCUCCUCACCGUCGUGUCCAUGUCCCGCAGGUUGUACUUGUACGACGCUGUACGCAUGAGCUCCGAUACGCAAGCCAAACCAGUUUUUACGCUUGCUCUUCGUGAUGCAUACCAAGAAGCCGUUGCAUUGCGCCGCUGGCCGUCCUUUCCAAACUGUGUCGCAUUGGCUACUCAUCACUGCGUGCUGAUGUUCGAUAUUCGAUGUUCCGAUCCGAUUGGUGCCACUGGGUGUUGCAUUCAUCCACCCCUGGCUGUCUCUGGAGUGCGCUCGCUCAAUUUUGCAGGUGAUAUCCUCUCUUAUGGUUCUUCCAAUGGUCAGCUGCAUUUUUACGAUUUUCGCAACGGCCAGCACUUGCCCACCCAUUUAGAGAUUGGACCUGGUUGGGUGAAACCGAACGUCUGCGCUCUCGAUGAGCUGUCCGCCACACCUUCUCCGGGGGCUUUUCCACCGUUUUCAGAAUUGUCGUUUCCCCCUCUCCUACGCAGCGCACCGUCUAUGCGGCCUCACUAUACCUCACCGUCACCUUCACUGUCUUUUUUCCUGCCUGAUUUUCCUCCUAACAACCCAUCAUCCCAAGCUUCGUAUGCUCGAAACAUUCGGAACAGCCAAGAUCGCAGGUGGCGUCGGUUAUCCGACUUGAGCACCCGUCACUUUUGGUCUCUCAUUUAUUCUUCUGCCCCUCGUCCUUCAAACUUUCCCAGCCAAGACCUAGAAGAAUGGCGAUCGGAGGAAGCUGUUCCUGGUGAAUCAGCAUCACGGAGAAGACGUAACCCAUCUCGUGAACCGGUCGCGGAUCCCGUCCUUGCAGUCGUCGAUACUAGUGAUGAUGAAGAUAACGACGAUAACGAACUGGAGGCUACUCCAGAAACGCCGGAAGUCAAUUCUACUGUCGAACAGUUGGUAGAAUCUGUUCUUCCAGUCAGCUGGCGUCAGACAACUUCCCGACGGCCAUCUACUAGUACAAUCAAUUUCCGCCUUGCCGACUUAUGGUCUGACUUACCCUCAGUAUCUACAUUUUCCACUCAUCGGCGUUUGGUCGCAGUCUACACUCAUGAAUACGACCCAUCUGGAACACGCCUUUUCGCUGCCGGUGGUCCCAUAGCAUCUACCUACCAUGGCAACGUUGCCGCCUUGUGGGAGUGA